UAAGGUUGACUUCUAGUCUUCUAACUUACUGUAUCAUGAAGUUAACGGACUUGCUUUCCACAAAAUUGUGGUUCUACGCGACACUCGUAUUCACCGCUCAUGGUAAAGAACUGGGCGCUCAGAGACCCUUGCACACAGAUCCCUGUGCUGCUAUCAGCGAGAAAAAAUGGGUGUCCCCUCGGGAAGCUCGUGAAUGCCUCUCGAGCUAUCCGGUAGACCCAGUGGUCAAAGCCAAUAUUCUCGAAGUGGCCAAUAAAACGCUUGCCUUCCACACGUCCACCUAUUACCAAAUUCAAGCACCACCUCCAUUUGAGGGUGAUAUUCACGAAGACCUUCAUCGGUCUAUUGCUAGAAUCAGCCAAGAAGAGUAUCAAUCCGAGUUCGAGUUCCAUCUGGACUUGUUCAGGACAUUCAAGAGGGUGAACGAUGGGCACUGUGUGGUGAUCAACUAUUGUUAUGAUUCUCUAUACAUUUCCUACCUUCCAACACCCCUUGUACUCCUCACGGAAGCGGACGGACAGUCCCAGAACGUGUAUAUCGCGCCAGAAGCGUUCCAGGUGGCCACUGCUGAAUUCGGAAGCGAGAUGGAGCAUUGGCAGAACGUACUUCCCGAGCACUUGAGAGGACAGCUGGAAUCUCUAAACGGAGCACGCGUUCUCCUUAUUGACGGAGCGGACCCUUGGGUCGCAGUGAAUAAGAAUGCUGAGACCACCGGAAGUUACCAAGCAUUUUCAACGAGACAGAACUCUUUUUUCUCCAGCUACUCUCGUGGGGACAAAGGAUGGUUAUAUACUAUGGGUAACUUUGCUCAACAAGUUCAUCCAUUGACCGAUGAAGUCACUUUGACAAUCCGACGGGUAAAUAGAAGGACAAUUGACGUGAUCACCUUGCCUUAUAGGUCCCGUUUAGGCUCAUUUGCGAAGAACUUCACGGAUCUUCCUACCUUUCGCUCUCGAAAUUGUAUCGCGAAAGUAGGCACGAAUGGCGUCGACCUUUAUUCUGAACUCAAUUCCUCGAGUAUUGACGAACUGGAGGUCCCAAAACCGGUCACGGCCUUCCAACAACAGCCGCCUGUGACAAUCGAGGACGCGAGAAGAAAUCCGAUGAAUGUCAUACUCGAUGGCGCUCCCUUGACCAACAUUGAACUCCCGGAAACCUUGACGCCCUCUGGAACGCCGCUUAAUUCCAGCUAUACCGUCGCUCAAUUCUAUACCUUGAAGGGUGAAGACGUUGGGGUGCUUGCACUUGGUAGUUUUUCCGCCCGGAUUUUUACUCUGUUCCAGAAGAGCCUUCUGGAGGGGUUGCAAGAGUUGAAAGAAUAUGGAGUGAGAAAGUUGAUUGUGGACGUGUCUAACAAUGGAGGUGGAUAUAUCUGUAUAGCACACUGGCUUCAUAGGAUCAUUGUGGGACCAAAAUCUACAACAGAGCCACAAGCAGGAUUAGACUCUGCUACCCGUGCGGGUUCACUCGCUCAACUCAUCGUCAAGAACAUUGCAGCGGGAGGUGACCCUGAAGAGCUGCUCGAAUACAAUCCAAUUCAGUGGAGCAACGCUUCCCAUGUCAAGUUCGCGAAUGGAACGGAUUGGAUGGAACCUCUGGACAAUCGUAAAGUAAAUGGACGGGAAGAUCCAUUCAGUCAGAGACUCGGACAGGAAUGUCAGCCAUUUGGGAUGGAGCCCCCUGCGGAACCCCUAUUCAAGCCUCAGGAUGUUGUUAUCAUUUCCAAUGGAAGGUGUGCCAGUUCGUGCGCAUUGUUCAGCAUAACGAUGUCUAAACUGGAGUCAGUCAAAACGGUAGUGGUUGGUGGAAAGUCAGACGUACCUCAGCAGUAUUGCGGUACUGUCGGUGGCCAAUCUACGGAUUUCUCAACCAUAGAUACUGAGAUCAAGAGUACCCAUCUGAAGAAUCACACAUUGGCCCCUCCGGACUUAAUUGCCAACGUCGUCCAAGGAAUCACCUGGCGGCUAGGUUUCGGUUUCGGACAACACUCUGAAGAGCCGGAAGAAUGGCUUGAUCAUCCCGCAGACAUGAACUUACCUCUAACUGCAGAAACGGUAAAUAACCCGAUGGCCAUCUGGGAAGAGGUUUCCGAGGUUGUGUUUGGAGUGACACCACAAUUACUCGUGCAGGGUUAUUAGCGGG